AUGGUCAUCAUCCCCACAACUCAUGGCGACGAAGGCAAACCACGCUGCCAGCGCUGCAUCGACGGCAACUUUGAGUGCCAGUACGGCCCUCGACUGACGUUCUUGAACAAGAAUGCAUUGACAGUCUCACCGUCGCCAAGGGCGGCGACUGAGGCGACGACGCCAAAGUACUCGAGGCUCCAAUUCGUGAGUCCCGGGACCGCGAAACAGGGCGCAAAAGACGGCUCUGCCUCUCCUCCACCUCAGAAACCUCAAAAUGCACCCACGACGAAUAAUGCGCCGCCGCCGCCACAUCCUCCCCCAGCGCAGACACCAACUAUCGUGACAUUCCAAGCAAAUCCCCAACCCCUAGAGCCCCCGACUCCGAAGCCGCAUCCCAUCGAGCCUGGCAUCUCGCAGAAUCACCACCCGCCGCCGCCCCCGCCAACAACACAAUGGCGCGCGCAGAGCGUAGGCCACGAGAGCUUAUCCUCGCCCGUGCGGAAUCUAGACAUCACGGGCAAACUGAACGGGACCUCGUCCAACAACGAUGCCGCCUACGAAACCGCUCUCAACGUGCUGCUAUCUCUUGGCAGCGAGGGCACGACGACGACAGGCCUGGUGCAGUCUCCUGACCAGGGCUCCGGGUCCUUUGGGAUCGGCGCAGACGGCAUCGGCGUGAGUCCGAAAGAUUUGAUGUCCGUCUCGCCGGGCUCGGUCCGGGAACGGAGGGGUUCGAGUGUGGUGGCCUCCGCUGCGAAGAGCAUCUCGCAGGAUCGACUGCUUCAGUUGUUGCGCCACUUCAGGUACCAGGUCGCGCCUUGGCUCGAUCUUUGCGACAUGAGCCAAACCUUUGGCCUCUACGUGCCCCGCCUCGCCAUCGAGAGCGAGGGUGUUCUCCACGCCCUCCUCGCCGUCGCAGCAACGACAGACCCGCGCGCGAUGACGAACGACGCCGAGUAUCUCAAGACCCUUGCCGAGGCAGCACCUUGGAACCAAAACAGUUCGAAUAAUAUUAAUGACGGCGACCUGGCACAUUUGACGUUGUCGACAGCCUGCCGGUUCAUCACUGAUAUCCCCAACGGGUGGCACGAGUUACCCAUCGUCAUCAACGACAACUUCUGGGCCGUGGCCUUGGCGGAAGCAAGCCAGAAGACAAUCGUUAUUCUCUCUGUCUUGAUCAGACUAGAGCUCGCAGCCGCCCUCGUAACAGGCUCCCCCAUCUCCGUCCCCGAGCAGCUAAACUACAACCCCAUGUCGCAGCAGUGGAACACCUCCUCCACCGUCGCAGAGACCAUCUUUCAGUACACCAUCGAGCCUCUCCUCCUCUGUGCCAAGGUCGUCAACUUCUGCAGCGGCAGCUUCCCGCCGCAGACCACCACUCCCAAUGCCAACGGCGCUACCCCUCUCACGCCCGUCCACCGCUGGACGAUGCUCAGCGACGCGCUGGGCCUGUGGUACACCAACCGCGCGCAGGAGUUCCGGCCGAUGGUCGAGAUCGACGGCGGCGACGAGACCCUCUUCCCCAUCAUCCUCUUCACCAACGGCGCCGCCGUCUUCGCGAACCAGCUCUACCACACCGCGAUGCUGCUGCUCCUGCAGAACAAGCCGCGCACGCUACAGGCCGCGGCGGGGACGAAGAAGUCGAGCGGCAGCUCCUCGUCGGCGACGUCGCCGCUGUGGCACGCGCAGAGGGUGUGCGGCAUCGCGCUGAACAACGACCGCCGCGACAGCUGGGACCUGUGUCUCGUGGCGUCGCUGUACCUCGCGGCGCAGCGGAUGACGUACGAGCCGCAGCAGCGGGCGAUUCUGGAGUGUUUUGAGCGCGUGAAGGCGCUGGCUGGGUGGAAUGUUGACGGGUUCGCGGCCAGGGUGAGGGAAGAUUGGGGGUUGGUGUAA